CUCCUUUUCCUUACUACUUCUAUAUCCUACCCCACUCAAACACUCACUAAAGAUGGUUCAUUUCAACGCUUUCUUGGCUGCUGCCUUGGUCGCUAUCGCCGCUAACGGUUUGACAUCUCAAGCUGCUCCUACCACAAUGUUGUGCAAUGCUGUUGACUCUAAGGAUGUCUCUGAACAAGCAGAUGGCUCUUCAUUGAUCUCAAUGGGAUCCAUUAGCUUCGGAUCGGGCAACGAAAUCGCUGAUGGUAACCUUGCUUCAGGCUCAUAUAACAAAAAUAAUAAAAAUAAUGGAAAUUCAAACACAGGUCUAAAGUCCCGUGAUGGCAUCGAUUUCCUCUCAGGCAACAGUGCAGGAAAUGGAAAUUUCGCCUUCGGAUCGUUCAAUUCUCAUGAUUCAAACAAUGGAAACGGUGACACCGGCUUCCGUCGUCGUGAUGGCGUUCAAUUCGGGUCGGGCAAUAGCAUCGGAAACCAAAAUUUCGGCUUUGGCUCGUUCAAUUCUCAUGAUUCAAACAAUGGAAACGGUGACACCGGCUUCCGUCGUCGUGAUGGCGUUCAAUUCGGGUCGGGCAAUAGCAUCGGAAACCAAAAUUUCGGCUUUGGCAGCUUUAAUGAUCAUGACAGCUGGAAUGGUGACCAAGAUUCCGGUUUUGUUGCUAAACGUCUUGCUCCAGGAGACUAUGGAAGCAAAAAUUCCAUCUUGAAUGGUAACCUAGCCUUCGGAUCGUUCAACCAAAAUGACCAAAACAACGGGAAUGGUAAUACUGGCUACAAAAGUUCCAAAAGAAGUGCACCAGACUUCAGCUUUGGAUCGGGCAACUCUCUUCUUAACCAGAACGGCGCCGUAGGCAGUUUCAACCAAUGGGACCAAAACAACGGUAAUGGUGACACAGGUUUCAAAGGAUCCAAGAGAAGUGCACCAAGCUUCAGCUUUGGAUCGGGCAACUCUCUUCUUAACCAAAAUGGCGCCGUAGGAAGCUUUAAUUCGGGUGAUGAAGGCAAUGGUGAUGGUAACACUGGUUUCAAGGCCUAGUUCUUGAUCCUUUUUUAUUUUGUCGCCAUCUUAAU